AAGUCAAUGUUUCCUCAUCUAGGAAACUCUCAUCUCAAGCCUCUUUUUCAGAGAGCAGGAAAAGCAAACUGCAGCAGGCGAUUUACCCCGAAUUAUCAAGCAAGAACAUAGACUUGCGCCAUUUCUCUACAAAAUAAUGGAUGGAGAUGCUCUCUCCCCUCGUACGGCUAUUGCCACAAAGCUAGCUGGCUUGAGUACUACAUCUAAUGCUGAAGAUCAGCCUUGUAUAUUUAAAGUGCAUAAACAGUUACUUAAUGUAAACGAGAAGGCUUACAAACCUGUGCUGCUUGCCAUCGGUCCUUACAAUGACCAUCUCAAGGUUGGCCAGGGGAUUAUGGAGGAGCAUAAACUGCGGUAUCUGAAGCAAAUGCUUGAAAGGAGAAAAGAACACAGUCUGGAAGACUACAUGGAGGCAUUGAGAAAACUAGAAGACAGAGCCCGUAAAUGCUAUGCUGAUGCAGAAUGCAUUAGUCAGAAAAAAGAUGAGUUUGUAGGAAUGAUGCUACUUGAUGGUUGUUUCAUCAUUGAGCUAUUCCGCAAGUUGGAGGAUAAAACUCUAAGAGAUGAACAUGAUCCAAUCUUCCAAAUGAGCUGGAUGCUUCCUGAAAUAGCUCGUGAUCUAUUGUUAUUUGAAAAUCAACUUCCAUACUUUGUUCUUACUGAAUUGUUCAACAGGAGUGAGAGUAACCAGACACCACUUCCAAACCCAGGUGAUAGUGAGCAGAUCUCAUGUGAAAUUACGCCAUGUUGUGAAAGCUCAGCCUCCAUAGAUCAGACUGUCCCGACACGACUUCGUGAUCUUGCCAUUUCUUUUUUCUUUGGCUUAUUACCAUUUCGAGAUUGGGAAGUCAACGGAUCAAGUGUUUAUCCAGCCAAAAAGUCAACGGAUCAAAAGGUUGGAGACAAAGUCAUGAACGUAGAAUUUAAACAUCUACUUGAUCUGAUAUAUACAAUUAUCAAGCGUUCAAUAGUACAUGAUAUGGAAGUAGUAGAUCGUGCCAUAGAACGUCAAGAGGUUGGAGUCAAGUUCAAUAUAGAAGAGAUAUUUAAGCCUUUAUUUGGAAAACUCGAAAAGAGGAAGGGCUAUAAGAAAAUAAAUAAGGAUGCUGGCUCAAUACCAUAUGGACCGAAGCCAAUACGUAAUGCAACAGAGCUUAAGGAGGCUGGAAUCAAAUUCCAGAGGGCAAAGCAAGGUACCGCAUUUGCCUGCAUAAAGUUUAGCAAUGGGGUAUUGGAAAUUCCGCCUUUGAGAAUAGAAGAUGAGACUGAGACUCUCUUACGAAAUCUAAUUGCAUAUGAGCAAUAUAGUCCACACACUGAUAUUGAUUACGUUACCGACUAUGCGUGCUUCAUGGAUGAUCUCAUUAACUCUCCAAAAGAUGUUGAAUUACUUGGUCAAAAUGAAAUUAUCGAAAAUUGGUUGGGUGAUGAUGAAUUUGCUUCCAGCAUGUUCAACAAGCUUUGUCACCAUGUUGUUUCAGACUAUCCCCCCAGUACUUAUCAAACUUCCAUUGAUAUUAAUAACCACUGCGCCAAACGCCGUAAUGUAUGGAUGGCAACAUUAAGGCACAAUUAUUUCAAUAGUCCUUGGGCUUCGCUUUCAGUCUUAGCGGCUAUCCUAUUGCUUGGACUUACAAUUAUUCAGACCGUAUUUUCCAUUAUUAAUUAGGUUUUCAUUUAGUGUCUUGAUUAAUCUUAUUGUUGUCUUAGUUAAUGUAAUAUAAUGUUGAAUUUAAUAAGAUUUUAGAAAUUAAAUGAGUUAUGUGAGUCCUGACCAA